UGAAAAGUCGAAUUCUCACUUGACGGUUUGUUACCUCUUGGCUCUGUUCCUGCAAAUCAUUCCCAAAUCUGACCACCAUGGAUCGCUUCAUCAGCAUCUUCCGCCACUUCCAAUCCAACUCCGAGUCAGUGAUGAAUGGGAUUUGUGGAAUCCUGGCCUUGGCAAGUAUGCGGAUCUACAGCUCUUUUCAAUUCAUCUGCCCGUGUUUGCCCAUUUACAAUAUGGUCUAUGGGAUUGGGGUCAUGUUUAUCCCACCCAUUAUCCUCUUCUUCUGUGGCAUUAUUGUCAACAAACACUCGCUGUUGAUGCUGGAGGAAUGGCUGCGGCCGGAGAGUCAGAGGACCAAGGACCCAUCUUUACUCCAUUACAUGUUCCUCGCUGUAGUCCAGAGAGCGGCCAUCGCUCCUGUCAUCUGGCUCGUCGUUGCCCUGUUGGAUGGCAAAUGCGUUCUUUGUGCUUUCAGCACCUCGGUGGAUCCCGCUCGAUUCGUCAACGUGAGCAGUUGGUCUAGAGGAGAUCUGCUGAUCCUUCUGUCCAAGGUGCCCUGCAAGGACCUCACAGCUGACCAGCUUCACCACAACCUCAGCUUCCCCAGGAGAGCGGUGUACAGGUACCUGCGCUCAGUAUCUCAGACUCUAGGGUGGACCAUCCUCCUGGUUCUGAUUUUGACUGCAUUCCUCUCUCGCUGCCUCAAGCCAUGUUCCAAACAUGUCACCUACCUCCAGAGCCGGUACUGGAGCAACUACAUCGACAUCGAGCAGAAGGUGUUUGAAGAGACCUGUUGUGAGCACGCUCGAGGAUUUGCCCAUCACUAUGUCAUCCAGUUUUUCGACAGCAUGCAGGAUGGGUUCCAGAUGUAUUGCCAUGAUAACCAUGUAAGGGGGGCUGAGGGAGACCCGCUUCAUGGCAUCACAAACAAGGAGCAACUUGAUAACCUCCUGACAAAGUGGUUCAACACUAAACCCCCACUGAAUAUCAGGCCUAUCAGUCAGUACCGAGUGAAUACUGACCCUGGUACAACCAGGGAUCCACCACAGCUUCAGGAGCAACCCGCAGCCCCACUCAGCCUUGUCAAACACACAGUGCUAUAGGAGCAAGUUCACCUCAGUCAUGGGGCCUCUCUGACCAGCUCCCUCAACAAAGUCAACUCCAACCACAAGGACCCCUUACCAUGCAACCAAACAUCAAAAACAAAUUCACUCCUUCCCCUUUGGAUCACUGUCCAGUAACUAUCACCUCUGCUGCUCCCUUCACACCAGUGUAUGGGUCACUCCCUUGUAGAUUAGUCUCUUGAACUGUUUACUCUCCUUUACAGCCACUCUCCUGCACUGGUCACUCUCCUGAACCGGUCCCUCUCCCGUAGGUCACUCUCCUGUCCGUACUGGGGAGAGAUGCACAGGGUGAUGGUUGGAAACUAGGAACGAACAUAGAAAAACAAAAGCAAAAUAGAAAAGGACCGCAACAGAGAAAAAAGGGAAGAGUGAGGAAGCCGAGGAGAGGAGGAAGCAAAGUCGCCAUAUGAUUUUGACUUUCUCACACUCUCUCAUACUUUGUGUCCUUCGCUGUGUUUUUCUCUUUCACUGGCUAAAGAGAGCAAGAUAACGAGGUUCACACCCAAUGAGCUGAUAUAAACAGGCUUUAACACUCUGUAUACUCCACUCUACUGCUGGAAAAGAUACACAGACAGUAAAGAGGUGAGAGCUGAGAGUGAGAAGGGGAAAGAGAGGAUUGGAAGGAAGUGAGAAAGAGGGAGAGGUAGAUAGAGUGUGUGAUGGGGAGACCUUGGACACAGUUUGACAUUUGAUUCAACUUGAACCAGAUGAUAGAGUGACACAUAACAAUUAACAUGUUAUAGUUGCCAGUAAUACCCCGUUGGUCAGGAUGGUAUUCCAGGCAGGGAGAGUGCUGAAUGUUGUAGAAAUUCAUAAUGACAAAGUCACAUUUUAUUUCUCAAUUCUAUCAAUCUUCAGAAUUUCUGCUUUCUGUAUGA